AAAAUAUGUAGAAGAAGGCGUAUACAGUGUGUAAGUAAGAACGACGUCGUUAAGUUCUUCCCCUUCCUUGUCUUUGAGACAGUUGUGCACCAAGGAACAGAACAAAAGGCAAAGCACCAGCAGGCAGCAAGCAGUGUGAAACCAAAAAAAAAGCAUUUGGUGUCGUGUCUGAAAUGCUUCUCUCUCUCAUUCGCUCCCUUCAACCGCCACCUGCUCAAUGUAAAGACACACAUAUAUAUGUGCAUUUAUUUAUACACAGAGAGAAAGAUAGAGUGCAAAUCUCUUUUUUCUUUUAAAUUUUCAGGAGAAGAAGGAGGAAAAGGAGCAAAGAGAAUUCAAACCUAUGAAGAAGAAGUCGUCGGCGGCGAUGGCUAUGGCGGCGACCGCCGGAAUGUCUGUCAGAAACGUGUUGUGGUUGUGGUGGAAGUUGUUGGUUCUGGUUUCUCUUACUAUUUGUGUGUUGGCUUUUCUCAAGCUUCAAAACUACUCUCUGUCCGAUUCGGAACUUUCCUCUUCUACUUCUUCAAUUUCCAGUAGAUCUCGAGCUGUUUAUUAUACUGGCAAUCCCAAAGUUGCGUUCCUCUUUCUAGUGCGCAGGAAUUUGCCUCUCGAUUUCCUUUGGGGAAAUUUCUUUGAGAAUGCUGACCCUGGCAAUUUUUCCAUAUAUGUACAUUCGGAGCCUGGUUUUGUUUUUGAUGAGUCUACAACAAGAUCAACUUUCUUUUAUAAUCGCCAAUUGACAAAUAGCAUCAAAGUAGCUUGGGGAGAAUCAAGUAUGAUCCAAGCAGAGAAAUUAUUACUUGGCGCGGCACUUGAUGAUCCAGCAAAUCAAAGAUUUGUUCUCUUGUCGGACAGCUGUGUCCCACUGUACAACUUUAGCUUCAUAUACAACUACUUGAUGGCUUCUCCAAGGAGCUUUGUGGACAGUUUUCUUGAUAAAAAGGAUGUCCGCUACAACCCAAGGAUGUCACCCUAUAUACCAAUGAGCAAAUGGCGGAAAGGGUCACAGAGACGUCCACCGCUGGAAGCCAGUAAGGGAAAAAAUAAUAUUAAACUUCAGAAGCAGCACAACUGCAUUCCAGAUGAACACUAUGUGCAGACAUUGUUGGCGAUACAUGGGUUUGAAGGAGAACUUGAACGUAGAACGAUAACCUAUACAGAGUGGAAUGAAUCUGUGACAAAUAUGGAGAAAAAGGGUUGGCAUCCCAUAACAUUUAGCUAUGCAGAUGCUGGGCCUGUACAGAUCAAGAGAAUAAAGGAUAUCCGCAAUGUUUACUAUGAAAGCGAGUACAGGACAGAGUGGUGUCGGAAUAAUUCUACGCUGGCCCCCUGUUUUCUGAUUGCAAGGAAAUUCUCAGGAGGGGCUGCAAUGCGCCUCUUGAGUGAAGGAAUAGUUUCUCCAUUCGACGCCUCCUCUAUAAUGAAUUUGACACCAUGAUAUAUUAAUCAGUCUCUUUUUAUUAGUUUUUAUUUGUCAUAUACUUCGAUGAGAGGAUAAGUUGCCAAUUAUAACUUGAGUGUGUCACAACACCUCACUGAUUUAGGAAAUAUACACAAGGAAGCUGAUAAAAGUAUGGCUCAUGUAACACAGUACUGUAGAUAUUUUAAAAGAAUCACAUAACACUCUUGUGAUUAUCUGUCUUAAAAUGUUAGGAAUUUUUUUUAAUUUCCUUUUUUUUGGGUUCAUAGUGCAUUAUAUUUGGAAUUUGAGAAAA